AUGAGUCGCUCUACCCAAGUAGACGAUGGAGCAGGGUCGCUAGGGUGCUGCCACGGUGCGGGUUCGUACCCGUGCAGCGGCGAGGAGUCGGAGUUUGACGAGGGAGACUGGGAAGAGGGAGAGGAGCAGGCCGAAGAGUACGACGGCGAGACUCAGGAGGAGGAGGAGGAGAGCGAUCGCUGCUCCAGCGACUCUUUUGGCGGAGACGAGGACGCCGACGACGAGGAGGCAGAGGAGGAGCCGGAGAAAGAGGAGCAAGAGGAAGACGAUCACUGUAGCAGCGGCGUUCUGGAGGAUGACGUCAAGGCAGAGCCGCCAGUUGCUGUCGUCACCGGCAGCAGCGGCACCUUCGCCGCCGCAUCGCUCUCCGCGGCCGCGUCGCUUGGUGGGGGAAGUGGGGGCAGCGCGUUCGGCGCUCUCGCUGCUUCUGUCGAAGCGUCUCCGUCACCACCGCCACCAACUGCGCCUUCGGUUUUCGCGGCUUCUCCCUUGGCGGCGCCGCCGCCGCCGCAUGAGCCGUUUUCGGCAAGGACGACACCCGCCUUUGCCAGCCACACUGCGCUUCAAGAGCAGCGGCCGUUGAACACUGCCCCGGCUUCCCCUUUUCAGCCCAACGUCGCUGCAUCAGCUGCAGCCGCACAGCAGCAGCUAGGCACGACUACGGCCCCCCUUCACUUUGUGGACUUUGAACGGUCGCUUGGGCAGAAGUUGUCGAACGGUGAAUGGCGCCGCGCUCGCAGUAAGGCUGAUGAGGCGCAGGACGUGAAGCGCGCGCUUGCGCGGUACGACCUGGUGCUGCCAACAGAUAAAUUUGACAAGGAGAUCGAGAAAGCACUGUAUGGAAGCUGA